AUGUCGACCUUUGCAACCAUGGCUAAAGCCUGGGACAACGACGAUAGUGACCGUCCGUCCACGAACUCGUCCAACGAGUACCCAGAACAUGCCGCACAUAUCCGUUCCAGGUCCACUGCCCACGCUCACAGCCCCAAGCGUCUGUCUGUCUUUGGCGGUCGGUCAAGAAGCAAUACUACCACCUCAACUUCUUCACGGCGGUCACCGGGUUCUUCUAUGACUUCGACAGAUAGUUCAAUUGCCUCUGACGAGCGGGCUGUCUCGUCAUUGGGACUCCGCUCCGAUAAGCAGGACAAGCCAUCCCGCUCCUUUUUGGCGCGGGGAAGUCGCAUCCUGCGCCGACAGGGUAGCAAGAUCAACAUUGUCGCCACGCUAGAUGAAGAAGAUGAAGCCGAUCGUGAGAAGGCCCGGCCUGAGAGAGAGAUGUUUGGCCGUCGCGCCCGCCAUGCCGAUCACAGCGAGCGCUUGAAAAGCAUUAUUUCUGACCCUUUCGACUUCCACCACUUGACUCAUACCAAUCCCUCGCAGUUCCAAUCUUUGGAUCAAACACGCGAGAAUGACCUCGUUACUGAGUUCUCCGCCAUCCGAGCAUCCCAACGGCCCCAGACCGAUCUUAAAGGUAUCCGCGCCGAGGAUAUUCAUUUCCGCAAUUUCUCCAGUGAUGAUCUAAACUCGCUUGGAACUGCCACCACGGUGGAUGUGCCCAGCGUAAGCCCGCCGGCUUCUCCCAAGCCACACCGUCAUCACGCACGCAGAGAAUCGCGCGCCAAUGAGAACUUCUCGCGGCCAGUCUCUAGAUAUCCCCGAUCCUGCCCCACCACUCCCCCACCUCCUACUGUGCCGGAGAACCCAGCGCCUGAGACUGGUGAGCCCGCACCCCGUGCCAUUGACGAGAUCCUGGGCUUGUCCACUGCGAUGACAUACCCCGAGUGUCUCCAAUCAGCGCAGCCAACCAGGUUUUUCAGUCCCGAACCCACAGAUGAUGGCCCCCGGGCCUCGUCCAUGAGCAGCCAUUAUGAUCUGGAAGAUGUCCCCGAGGAAGAGGAAGGAACCCGGUAUUGGGACAGUUCUCAGUCCAGCGUGGGCCCCCAUUCUCGCUCAACUUCUCAAACCAGCCCACCUCGCAAUACCCAGUCACCCAGACCCAGCACCAGCGAGCGCAAAGCUCCAUUGUCGAUCUAUGUGGCCGAGGAGCUCUCUAGGAAGUUCUCUGAGGCGCUUGGCUCGCCGACUCUCCCUCAACAUCUUCAGGACACCCCUCGCGCCCAGGUGGAAGUCACACCACCCGAGCCAAUCGCCAACCUAAACCGAUUCUCACAGGAGGAUGAAUUGUAUGACUCGUGGGACGCAGACAUCGAUUACUGCUACGAGCACGCAGCCGAGUCCACCUCUAACUUCGAUUGGUCUCGCACAUCCCUGGAAGAAACACGUCCUCAGGUUGGCGUAGCCUGCAGCGAGGGUCCCUGGCUCUCCCCGAGAACCCGACAGCUCCAGCCGAGCCCACUGAGCACCUCCGCCCUACCAACCCCAGACCUGGCUCCCAGUCCGGUCCAGUCGAUGCCCUCCCACUCAGCCGCCACCCCUUCAACAACAGACUUUGAUCAGGAGUUCAUCGCGCGGGGCGCAGACUAUUUCCAUCCCGUCAGUUCCACGAUCCUCCCAAUGGGCAAACCUCUCUCCCACGAACCAUUAUACGAGGAGUACAUGACGACUGAUGGCGAAUCAGACCGCCACUUCCCCUUCUCGCAGGGCAUGAUGGGCCCCAUCUCUCCACGCAGCAGCUUCUCCCCGAUAAGCAAAUGCAACUCACAGGAGAGCCUGAUGCUCUCACGCGCAGCCUCUAUCGUGCGCAAGCAUCGCUCCUCCGUCUCCACGACAACCAGCGUCCCAGAGCUCAUCUACAGCUUGUCCAGCAGCCGUGAGCUCAUGCCAACAGACCGCAUGACAGCCGGCGAGGCACUCACCCGCCCUGCGUCUUCCUCCCACCACCGCCAGACCAAGAGUCUGGCCGAGGCACACCUCCGACAGAAUGGCAGCAGCACGAGUCUCGAGGGCACGGAUAUUCCCGUAUCGCUUCAUGACCGUGCCAAGUCCACUUCAGAAGUCGAAUCACAGCCGAUAAAAUUCGAGGCUCCUCUCCCUCCUGUUCCUCCUAGAAACCCAAGGAGGAAGGCUCGCUCGCCAUCUUACUCUCUCUUCCCAACAACUGCUCACUGA